AGUCGACCACCGACCGAGAGGAGAAAAAAAAAGGGGAGACUUUAAAAAAAAAAUAACCAUACACCCCACAACUCUUAAGGUGGAUUUGCAUUUAAGGUGGAUUUCUUGGUUCUAUUUUUUUUCCUCUUUUUGGCUUGUGUUUACUUUUAAGGUGGACUCUUCCUGUAUUUCUCUCUCUUUUUUAUAUUUUUAAGGUGGACUUGACCACUCCAGCUUAGCAAGGUUUCUUACUGAAUUACCUGCCGGUCUUGCAUCAGCCUAUUUAUUUUCCCCUCCCUAAAGGUUGAGGGAUAUAUAUAUAUUAUUUUUUUGGAGACAUUCACUAAACUCGAGAUCUCGGCUCCUGGGCUGUUUGGAUCGGAUCUCAUCUCCAAUCUUUUAAUUGUUCUUGUUAUUGCUGUUUUUUUUUUUAAAUUAUUCCCACACUCUUGCUUUAACAAAAAAAAAAUGGGUAAAGUUCGGUAGCCGGGAUUCGAACUCGCCACCCUCCCCGUUUGUAACAAUGACUAAAUCCAGGCCAUUUCUCCCCAAGAGACAGCCGAUGGCCGACCUGGAGGUGGGCAUACAAAGCCAGAAAUUAAGCUGCCGAGAGCUGGACAGGAGAGAAGCGUUACUUUUCCAGAUUUCUAGUUCCUCUUGAUUGGUCUCGAAAGAAAGGGGAGGGUCGGGAUUUUAUUGAGUUUUAAUUUGUGAAUUAAAAAAAAUAUAAAGAAGAAUUUCGGAAGGCCUUCGGGUUCCUUUGUUCUCCUCCCACCCCCACCCCCCUUUGAGCUAGACGUUUUUUCUUCUCCCGUUACUACCGCUAAGCUAAAUUUUCGCCUUUGCACUGGGAAGCCCAUCGAAGGAAAUCAUGGAAACUGUUGGGAAAUUCGAGUUCAGCCGGAAAGAUUUGAUCGGCCAUGGCGCUUUUGCAGUCGUCUUCAAAGGCAGGCAUAAAGAGAAGCCCGAAAUGGAAGUGGCGAUUAAAUGCAUCAACAAGAAAAACUUGGCCAAAUCUCAAACUCUCCUGGGGAAGGAAAUCAAGAUUCUCAAGGAGCUGAAGCACGAGAACAUUGUGGCCUUGUACGAUUUCCAGGAACUAGCCAACUCUGUCUACUUGGUGAUGGAGUACUGCAACGGAGGAGACCUGGCGGAUUAUUUACACAGUAUGAGGACUCUUAGCGAAGACACAAUCCGUCUCUUUCUCCAGCAAAUUGCCGGGGCCAUGAAAGUGUUGCAUAGCAAAGGGAUCAUUCACCGAGAUCUGAAGCCUCAGAAUAUCCUCCUUUCGUUUGCGGGAGGCAAGAAAUCGAACCCCAAUAACAUUCGCAUCAAAAUCGCUGAUUUUGGAUUCGCCCGGUACCUACAGAACAAUAUGAUGGCGGCCACUCUCUGCGGCUCUCCGAUGUACAUGGCUCCAGAAGUCAUUAUGUCCCAGCACUAUGAUGCCAAAGCAGACCUGUGGAGUAUCGGGACCAUCAUCUAUCAGUGUUUAACGGGAAAAGCACCUUUUCAGGCCAGCAGCCCUCAAGACCUCCGGCUCUUCUAUGAGAAAAACAAGACGCUGAUGCCCAACAUCCCAAGAGAGACAUCGGCCCAUUUGAGGCAGUUGUUGCUGGGGCUCUUACGACGGAAUCACAAGGACCGGAUGGACUUUGAUGAAUUUUUCCAUCAUCCUUUCUUGGACGCAAGUGCCUCUAUGAAGAAAUCUGCUUCUGUGCCAAUGCCUUCGUAUCCAAGUUCUGGAUCCGGAAGUUCAUCCAGCAGUUCCUCAACGUCCCACCUAGCAUCUCCUCCUUCCCUGGGAGAGAUGCCCCAUCUGCAAGAGAAGGCCCUCGCAUCGCCCACUCAGGGCUCGCCCGGUUUCCUACACGGGUCGAAGGAAUCGGCCAGCAGCAGCAAGAACUCGUCCUGUGACACGGACGACUUUGUGAUGGUCCCGGCUCAGUUCCCAAGUGAUCUAACCACGGAGGCUGCAGGAGGCAAGCCCAUUCAGGACAGCCUAAUGUGCAGCGGGAGUUCUCUGGUGACCUCAGCAGGUUUGGAAAGUCAAGGAAGAACGCCAUCUCCAUCUCCUCCAUAUAGCAGUUCUCCUAGCCCGUCUGGUAGACCCGGCCAGUUCUCCUCCAGUAGCAAAUACGGACAGUCGGUUCCUAUUCCAGUUCCUACACAGAUCCACAACUACCGCCGGAUUGAGCAAAACCUGCAGUCCCCCACUCAGUAUACUCCACCAAGAUCCAGUACGGUCAAGAGAUCCAGCAGCACGAGCCCGCUUGGCUUUUUCAAGGCCAGCCCUUCCCCUCCCUUUGCUGCUGGAGAGCACGGAGCAGCCAUGGCAGGCCCUAGAAGAUUCUCCUUUGGUGGCGCCAAGCCUUACAUGCCAUCCCCGCAAGUUGGAACAAUUCCAGAGCAGCCGGACCAGACCGUUGCCGCUUCGCCUCUUGGGCUAGAGAUGAGAAGCCGAGUACCUCUAGCGGGCGCCUCUGUGCCUGACCUUUGCCCGCGGGGAAUGGGCUCCCGUCUCCACAGCGCUCCCAACCUGUCGGAUCUCCAUUCCUGCCGGCAAAAGAUCACCAAGCAAUACUCAGAUCCCCUGGUCGCCCAUUUCAGCCACGUCCCGACUGGCCAGCCUGCGCCCCCAUGCGGCCUGCCAGCCUGCCGUUCCCUGAGGUCUUCCCCGAAGCUCUCCGAAUUCAUGCAGAGAAGCCCUUUGCCGACUAUUAUGGGAUCUCCCACAAAGGCCAUGUCGCCUUUCGACUACAACAAAACCCCGAGUUCCCAAAACCUGCUCGCCCUCCUGGCCCAUCAAGGGGUCGUGAUCACGCCGACGAGGAACAAGACACUCCCUGACCUGAAAGAGAUGGGGCACCUCCAUUGUCAGCAGGCGGGGCUUGGUUUGAGACCGAUGGACGAAGCCCGGGGCAGGUCGCUCAGCACCGGUCGACUCACCGACCUCCUCCUCAAGGCUGCUUUUGGGGAGACCGGGAGCAGUGACAGCUUGAACAAUGAAAAGCCCAUGGAGAUCACAGCUCCGUCGGCAGCCUGUGGAGGAACUGUACCCUCGGGGGCCCAGGAGGGCGCUUCCGCAACUCCCUCCCCCGUCGUCUUUACCGUGGGAUCCCCUCCCAGUGGGACGACGCCUCCUCAGACCACCAGGACCCGGAUGUGUUCUGUGGGAUCUUCUAGCUCUCUAAGUUCUGGAGGGUCUUUCAGUGGGCGACACUUCAUUCUGGGAGCGAACGGGGAGGUCCUUGAAGCCCCGCCGGGCGUCCGGUACACGUUUGCCGAUCCCCUCGCAGCCAACCUGGAAGGAGCUGUUACCUUUGAAGCUCCCGAGCUCCCAGAGGAAACGCUUAUGGAGCAAGAGCACACGGACAUCCUGCGCAGCCUGCGGUUCACCCUGGCUUUCGUCCACUACGUGAUGGAGAUCGCAGCCCUCAAAGGGAGCAGCAGCGAGCUGAGCGGUUCGGUGGCCUCCGAGUACCAGCUCCAGGAGAGCGUCGUGGCCGAUCAGAUCAGCCUGCUCAGCAAAGAGUGGAGUUACGCAGAACAGCUGGUGCUGUACCUGAAAGUAGCAGAAUUACUUUCCGCAGGGCUUCAGAUGGCCAUCGACCAGAUCCGGGCAGGCAAACUGUGUCUCUCCUCCACGGUCAAACAAAUCGUGCGGAAGCUGAACGACCUGUACAAAUCCAGCGUGUCGUCUUGCCACUGUCUGAACCUGAGGCUGCAGAGGUGGUUCCUGGAUAAGCAGAAGCUCAUGGACCGGAUCAACAGCAUCACGGCCGAGAAGCUCAUUUUCAGCCACGCUGUGCAGAUGGUUCAGGCUGCGGCGCUAGAUGAGAUGUUUCACCACCGAGAGGACUGCGUGCAGCGGUACCAUAAGGCGCUGCUGCUGAUGGAAGGACUCUUGAACAUCAUCACUGAGCAGGGGGACGUUGAGAACAUCAGCAAAUGCAAAAUGUGUAUCGAACGCAGACUGUCAGCCCUCUUAUCCGGGAUCUGUGCAUGAAGGGAAGCCUGCUGCUGUUUCCUUCAACCUCUGGAAAGCAUCCGUUGCCAAAAAAGAUGGGAGUCGGCAGCACCAAGCCUCUCAGACGCCGGCGGCCAUUUUCCUUCUUUGGCUCCAUGUGAAGAGAGACUUCGUAUUUGGAUUUUCUUUUUUUUCUGUCCCUCUCCUCAAGUUUGGCUUAGUCUUCGGGGACGUCAAGAGGGCUGGUUGAGUCCUUUCGGCGGCUUGAAACAUGAGAAGCGUUAACAGCCAGUCUGCCUUUCUCCGUUGGCUGGGAGGUGGUUGAGGGGUGUGUUGUUGGGUUUUCUCAGGGGGGGGGAAGGACCCAACCUCUAACAUGCCCAUUUUUGAGGAGCCGGCCUUGCUCGA